AACGUGAGCAGGAGAAUGGAGCCGGGGUAUCACCUACCAUUCAGUUUAAACCGCAUGCCGCUCUUGUACUCACGAUUUCUGAAGAGCUUUGAGUCGUGCGACACUCUCCAACAUAAUGUCAUGGCCAUGCCAUCUUUGAACCUAAUGCACAGGACUGCAUUGAAAUAUUCAUCUUUGCAUCUGUCGUCUUUUUGCGAGACAUUCCUUUGUGUUUGACCUCCAUUAUCCCCAGAAUAAAAGCAUGUCGGUGACACUAUGGGUCCACAGAGACCCCCCCCCCCCCUUCUGCACAGCUCUCCCUCCUUAUAGAGGUGUUCUUCUUUCUCUCCUCUGGUUCCUCUUCGUAUUUCUUUUUUUUCCCGGCUGUUAUUGGUAGUGUGGGAGGAAGUGGCUGUAAAGGAGAAUACAGAAGAACAAACCGAGACUUUGCUGCUACACGUCCAUAUGCCCCACGGCCAGACUCACCUCGCCCCCUAGAGGGUGCAGAAACACCUGAUUGAUGUGGACUCUGUCCUAAACUCACACAUACACACACUACGCAGCAAUCCCAUCUCAACCGCAUCACAUUCUACAUCUCAUUUGUAGAAUGUGUGUAGAAUGUUCUCCCUUCCAGCAUCUCUUUCCAUCACAGUCCCUAUUCGUAAUAUCGGAUUAUUCUUUAAUUUCAACAAAUCAUCGAAGGUGUCCUCUGAGCCAAUUGAAGUCCCGAGACAAUUGUGACUCGAAUUGUGCCAAUUGAAUCACAAUGUAUCUUGAUAUCUGGCGGGUGGUCUUAACGUUUUGUGUACUGAGUGGAGGUGGAAAAGACAGACCGGGGCCGACUAAGGGAGCGAGAGACUCUCAGCCUCACCCCUUGGCAGCAUCGACAUCCCGCAACUUGUCACUUUUUACUUGACACCCCGUCCUCACACAGAGCACAUAAACGCCUCGCCAUUACCCACUCUGUUUUCCUUUAUAGACCAGGGAGAAAAUGGAGGCAAAGAAAAGCAAACCCGAAGACGCGAGCGGUGAUGAAUAAAGCCCGUAUUGUCGGCAGAGGAAGUGCCUGUGCCGUUAAUUAAUCAUCCCGUGUGUUUGUCUUUCCUGACGCUGCAUCCUCUCCAAAAGCUGCCGUAAGAGAGAAAACAAAAAUGCACGAGGCGUUGAAGGAGGAAAAUAAAGAGGCUUAUUAGAUCCAUUUCCCUCUGCUAGUUUCCACUGGUGGGAUGAUAUUGCGGUUAUUGAAGAGAAUGGUGUGUGUGUGUGUGUGUGUGUGUGGCUGUCUGAGUCUGUUUGUGUGUGUUUGCACCUGAAGGAGGUGAUGACAAAAUACAAUUAUACAAAAUACAAAAUACAGUAAUAAUAACAUUAUUACUGGCAUUUAUGAGUUUACUGAGCGACUGUCAAUGCAGUCAUCAGCGCUUAACUGAUUUCCAGUAUUCACAUUGAUGAGUUUAUUUACACUCAUUAACCUGAUAUUGCAACCGGGGAAUGAUUAAACGCAAAAGUAGUUAAUCCAUUAAAAAUGUAUAGAUAGAAAGAAAAAAACGGGCGCAUUAGCUUUGCGUGCUUCAGAGUGGAAUUAAGAGAUGGGGAACUCUUUCAGCAUCACGAAAUCGGUUGUCGAUCGCCUGCGAUGCCGAGUUGAACAAAGAAAGGGUGGAGAGAUGAUGAGGAGGAGGAAGACGGGGGUUCAUUGGGGGAGGAAUGGACAGAGGACAGGAUACAGUAGAAGGUUAAAGGGGAGGAAUGGUACUGUAAUGGGGUUAUUCGGUGGGGGUGGGGACUGUACGGAGCAUCGGAAGACACAUACAUACAUACUUAGAUCGUUUUUCGUAAUGAGGCUAUGGUGUGUGUGUAUGUGUUGCGUGACUAAUCUGUGCCAGCUACAAUGAGUGACAGGGCGAAGGGCUAAUCUCUUGGAGUGAGCCACAUGCCCACUGACAGCACGCCCAUAAGAGAAACACGCAAACAUGCCUCCGACACGCAACGCACACGUCACCGAUGCACACGUGACAUUUCUGCACGCCACGUCCGUGGAGGCUAAUUGCAUGUGUAGACACUCUGGCAUGGUGGUAGGCCUUUACUCUACAGCGGAGAGAUCGCAGCAUGUGUAUAGCAGCGGUUGAUGGAGCGUGACUCGCUUGUGAUAUUUGUAUAACUUAAGUAGAUGUUCCUACUCUUUUGAAUAUCAGAUGGCACAACAGGAGCAGGAGAGUGCAAACCAUGAGAAGCCCUCCAGGAAGCAGAGUAUCAGCACAGCAUCCUCAAACCCUGAACCCAGGAAAGAGAGCCUUCCACUGGCCACCACAGUCAAUGAAAGCAGCCUCCUCCUGGAAUCUCUUACAGGCUUUGCCUUGGUAGUGAGCAGUGAUGGGAUGGUAUUUUAUGCCUCUUCAACCAUUGUGGACUAUCUGGGAUUUCAUCAGACUGACGUGAUGCACCAGAAUGUGUUUGACUACAUCCACAUAGACGACCGCCAGGAGUUCAGACGCCAGCUCCACUGGGCCAUGUGUCCUCCACAGGGGAAUUCGGCACACCAGGACGGCCAGCUAGCUGCAGGGACCGGUGAGGACUUUGUAGUGAGCAGCCUGUUCCAUUCUCCGGAGGCAGGGGGAGUUCCUCCUGAGCUCUCCUGCUUUCUCAACAGGUGUUUCAUUGCCAGAGUCCGAUGCCUCUUGGACAGCACCUCCGGAUUCUUGACUAUGCAGUUCCAGGGUCGGUUGAAGUUCCUCCACGGUCAGAAAAAGAAGUCAGCCUCCGGGGCUCUGAUGCCUCCCCAGCUGGCUUUAUUCUGCAUAGGUGUACCCCUUCUACUGCCCUCCAUCACUGAGAUGAAAAUGAAGAACAUGUUAAUGCGGGGAAAGAACAAGGGAGGAGGUGGAGGGAUGAUCUCCUCACUGGAGCAUGGUGAGCGAGGGGAACAGCUCCGGAGGCAUUCCUUCGGUGGAGGAAUGGGCGACAUAACAGACCCCGUCCUCCUCUCCUGUCCCACUCCUGGCGCAACCCAGCGGGGUCACCACACUCCCUGGACCCCGCUCUCCAAAGACAACCUCAAGUACCGCCCUGAGGGUUACUACAACCAGGAGGAGCCCCUCAACUACUGCAAGUCCACCAUGGCGUCCCAUAAAGGUGUUAGCCCAGGCCUGGGCUGCGGCUGGCCCCUGCGGCCGAACUCCGGUCCCCUCAGAGCGGGCCAGGGUGUCGGCUACAUCCCCUCUAACCGCAUGAACAAGGCCGGCCAGUACGGGAAGCCAUACCGCCUUUCCCCUAACUGCCACAGCGGCAGAGGCAGCGAGGUGUUUGUCUCUAAGCUCUACGGGAACGUCCAGAUCCCCACAGACCCGGAUGCCUACUGCGUGGACCUGGUGAAGAACGAGAACGGCUACGGGGAAUGCUACGAUGGCCACCUGAUGCCCGAGAUGCAGCCCAUCAAGGUGGAGCACGACUCGGACUCUGAGAACGGCUGCGAUGCCUACGGGCGACCCUGGGCGUGCCGCGACCCAGAGGCCAUCGACCGCCGCUACGGCAACGAGGUAUACGACCAGAGCUCAGGCCUCCAUCUCAAAUCAGAGGCGGAAUAUUAUGAUCCGCAGUACUCGCCCUGCCAGCGAGGGAAAGCAGGAAUCAGCCCACCGUACAACAACGGCAACUAUCAGAACUAUGCAGUCAACAAUGGCGGGAAUGGCGGGAACGGACGUCUGUUGAAAUGUGACAAAGACUUGGGCAAUCACAACGACAACAGCCAGUUUAGUCCUCAGAGACUCUCUCACUCUGACUCUCUAUGCAGCAACCAAUCUGUCAACCUCAUGGACUCACACGUCUAUCCACAGGACCCUCACAAGGCCUAUAUACACCCGGACUACAACAAGCAUGGCACUUACGAGUUCAAAGGUCACGGCCUGGUCCAUUCCAUCAAGCGGGAGCCCAUGGACUCCCCACCAUGGUCUGAGAAUGCUCGCAACAUAAGCCAGUCCAUGAUGGUUGGUCCGAGGAACAUUAUGCCAUGUGUUAUGAGCACGGGUCACCACAAGUCCAGUCCCUACAUUUAUUUGCCAUAAGAGUGAUUGGAGCAAACACAGCAGAUCAUUUCUCUCUCACACACACACACACACACACACUCUCAAACAAUCAGUGUGCAUUAAAGUACUUUGUAUUGCGCCAAAUGCACCAGCAUUACAAAAGGAUUCCCAGGACGUUAACAUUUAAACGACUUCUUCUUCAGUCCGAUGAAGAGGUCACAAACAAGGCUCAGGUUCUAGUGUUCGUGUUGUGACAAUCAAAAAUAAUACCUUGAAUCCAGUUUGUGGAUCGGCGAUUUAGUUUUUAAGGGAUACAUUUUGUAGUUGGUUCCUAGCACUUUUGGAUUUAGUGAGACAAUUUAUGUCUAGAGACACAAUUUCAUUUUGGUUUUAUGUGUUGUGCACACCUGGCUUUUGUGGAAGGAAAAAAGAUUUUGCUGUAAAAAGAGACUUUCUUUUUAAAACGUUGUACACAGGAGAUGACUUUACACCUACUGCUGGGCUUAUCAAAGGAGAUGGCACACAGUCAGUGAUGACAACUUAAAGGAUGAUCUGCUUUGAUGGUGGUUCUGCAUGUUUUAGUGCUUUGACUAUAAAUUGCCUAUCUUUCUCAUCAAUGCCCCCAGUGAUGUUUGAAUGGAAUCUAGUGGUUUCUAUGCAUUUUAGACUUGUAUUAAAUCAACUUUCAGAGACUUGAAACUUAAUCAAUUGCAGUAAAGAAAAACGUUUGGUCCCUCCUCAUUCAUGCAUUCCUGUAGCUACAGAAAAGCUGUUUUUUUUUAAUGCAUGACACAACCAAAUUGACAUCCUAUUCACAACUACUUUGUUUACUCAAGAUUUAUGACCUGAAUUUGAUUUUCCAAGAUCAUAGCGUACAAUGCAGUGCUUUUGUCAGAGCGCCCAUUAAUCCACCACAAAGGACAGUUUAACAACAACAAAAAGGUUUCUCGUUGCAAAUGCAGAAACCUUUGGAAAACGUUUUAGUUCAUAGACGGAAACAUGUAAAACUAUUGGCCAAAGCUUUAAGUAUAUUCACUACAUCUGUUUAUUAAACUAGAAACUGAAUACAUGAGGGGGCGGAUGAAGCACCACCACCUGUGGUUCAAGCAUGCGCUCCUUGGCUCUGAGAUAAAAGAUCACACUUGAAUUGCCCUUUAAGUUGCAGGACCUAAGAUGAACUUGGACCUAAGAAAGAUGGUCUGCUUAAAUUACCAUAUAAUUACUCAGUUUGAAGGUUUGUUUGGACGAGGUAGAAGUGUUUGAACUGAAGGAAAAGAGUCUUUUGUUAAUAGGUUCGAGGUUGAUUAUUCUUCCAACACGCACAAUCAUUUUUAUCAUAUUAAGUCAUGCAACCUGUCGAGCAUACAAAUAAUGAAUUUAUUUAUGUCAUUUUAUGUCAAAGCUAAUGUUGUACAGUUUGGUUUAGUGUUCAUGGCAAGCUCAGCAUUUCAACUCAAUACAGCCUGUCUCACUGCAGACACGACAUGUUUUCUUUUGAAAUGAAUAUACACUUUUCAUGUCGUCGUUUGAGUCCGAAAACAUCCGACCUUUUCGUCACAAUCAAUGUUUUUGCACAAGAUGAAUUUAAAAAGCACCAAAUUGAUUCGCUGUUAGUCUCAGUUCUGUGGAGCUACUGUUGUAGUUUCGAAAUUGCACUACUGGGAGUAGUUCAGUUGAAGUUCAGCCUACCCAGACAGGUUUUUGAGUCAACACGCACAACUGUACACGGUGUCACUGUUUUGACUUUGUCUUUUUCUCUCUGUGUGUGUUCAUUUCAAUAAAUGUUUGAUGAUUCGUAUUUAUUGUAAGAGGCAAAAGCGUAUAAUUUAAAAAAAACUACAGUUUUGAAGGCUUUUCUGUUUCACUAAGGUAAAUAAAUAUGCCUUUUUCUUUUCUUGCUAUCUUUUUUGAUAAUUGUUAUAAAAGUCAUACUUGUCUCAUGGAGGAGGUAGCUGCAAGGUAGUGAACACAGUGUACAUAUGCAAUGUCUUCCAAUGUUUCUACGUGUUUUUGCAAAUGGGACUUAUCUAU